CGCAUGUCAGACCAGAACAGCACCGAUGAUGGGGAGUCAGACCCCCAGCACAGCCUGUCUAUGGUCUUCCUCCUCGUGCUGGUCUUCUUCAUCAUGGGGCUGGUGGGUUUCCUGAUCUGCCAUGUCCUGAAGAAGAAGGGCUAUCGGUGCCGGACGUUCCGCGAUGAGCUCGACCCAGAUAACAAGGACGUGCUGACGGAGCUCCAGGCCAAUGAUGAGGAGGAGCUGAAUGAGGACACCGUGGAGAAGAUUGUGAGAUGCAUCAUCCAAAAUGAAGCAAACGUGGAGGCCCUCAAGGAGAUGCUGGGGGACAAUGAUGGGGAUGUCCCAGUGCCAGUGCCCAGCCUUUGUCCCCACCGUAACAGCCAAGAUGGGGGACCACCACAUCACCACACAGUGCACCUGGGCUCCACGCAGGCCCCCUGCAUCCACUGUAGCAAGAGGAAGAAGCCCCCUCUGCAUCGACAAGGGAGGUCCAAAGAUGGCAAAGGCAGGAUGCAUCCUGGAGAGACCACUGUCUUCUCAGUGGGCAGGUUUCGUGUCACACACAUUGGGAAGAAGCCCGCUUUCCAAGAGCAGCAGGACGCUGCCCUGCCCGAUGGCAGCAAGGAGCCCAGCACGGAGGAGCUAGAGCACAGCAGCGAGCGGCUCCAGCAGGAGAGCGCUCGCAAUGGGACAGUCCCCGGGCACGGCCUGCAGAACGGGGCCGUCCAGAAGGGUGCACAGAGCGGCAAGGGCGCGGAGCAAAGUCACUCAAACGCCCCCAACACACCAGCCAACUCAGACACUCGCAGCAAUAGACCUGAUGGCAAGGGGCCUGGGAGGGCAGGCUCGCUGCAGGAUGUUCACACUGCUCUUGGAAGCGCUAGUCACCAAAGGAAGCGUUUGGGCCACCAGGCUCUGGGGGGGUCAAGUGCCAGCACCCCAGGAGAGCCAGCGGAGGAAGGAGGGCAGAGAGCCAGCGUUUACCAGGAGGAGGCUGGACUGGGCUCAGCGGAUGAAGUGUCAGAUAUUCACGGGAGUCUGAGCCUACAGGAAGCGUUACAAGCUGAUGAGCUGGGAAGCAACUACACCAGCAGGAAGCAGCCCGGAGCAGAGGAUGUGGGGCAGCAGGAGCCGAGCGCCAUGGUGCGGGACCCGGGACUGACCGUGUGA